UCUAGAUCCUGCUCAAUCAAUUGAAAGUGCAAUCCCUGCAGACAACCAAUUUUGAAAGUGCAUGCAAGAACAGUGACACUAUGUCUAAACACAAGCUAGAACAUUGCUUCUUUUUGACAGUAGUGCUACUCACUAGUUUAUCAUUAGCUCUGGUGGAAGAGAAGCAUCCACUGUAUGUGUUAGUUACGGCACCGUACCCUCAUCCGAUCACAAACACUGGAUGGGACGCAGGAAUCUCUCUGACACCUGCUGUGAGACUGGCAUUUGAGCACAUAAACAACAAUUUCGACAUCUUGAGAAACUACAAACUGAUAUUAAUUGAACGAGAUUGUGGUUGCAGAUCAGGAAAUUCUAUUCCGGUAAACGUAUUCUCUUCAUUACUAUCCGGCACCUACUACAACCAACUGGAAGAAGAUGCAGAUAGACAAUUCUCACGAACUGCAGACGAACCUAAAAAUGUUGUUGGUAUUAUCGGAUCAGCAUGCUCGGAUGUUGCUAUUGCACUCGCUCCACUUAUCGCAAGACCAGAUAUAAACAUGCUCCAAAUUGCUCCAACUGCAAACUCUCCGCAAAUUGAGACAUCCAACUUCAGCACCACCUUUACUAUGUUAUCCUCCUCUUUGGCCUACAUUGAGAGUAUUGCAAAACUGAUAGAGUGCGUUGGUUGGUCAAGCAUAGGAGUUAUUUUUGACGGACUUGCUGGAAAUUUCCAAACUACAAAUCAGAGAUUUGAAGAGCGACUGAGACCUAUAAUUAAAUUUAACUCACCAGUGUAUGAUAUCAAUGACAGAGAUGUGAAUGUACUGUCAUUCAAUUUAAAUGAACUGAAAGAGAAAAGAGUCAGAAUAAUUGUAGUUUUUGCCGGUGACAAAAUAGCUCAAAAGUUGAUGUGUUUGGCAUACAAGUUUGACAUGAUCUACCCUCAGUACCAAUGGAUAUUCAGCGAGAGAUCUAUAAGAGAUUUCAAGAAAGAAGUGGAAAACUUUGAAUUCAAUGGAAACGUUUACCAAUGUUCUGCAAAUGAAAUAGAAAAAGCUGCCAAUGGUUCAAUUCUAAACAAAUACAGUCUAAUAUUAGACGAAGGUAACAUUUCAGUGACUUCUCAAAACUAUUCAACUUACAGAAAGCAGUAUGAAGAUUUCUUCACAGUACACAGCAAUGAGCCCAAAGUACAGAGAAUAUUGAACGCUACCAGAAAAACUAUUGAAAUGUACAUGCCGUCUAGCUUCUGGGAGAACACAUACUAUGAUGCAGGAUUGGCUCUUGGUCUUGCGUUAGACCAACUUUCAAUGGAUGGAUACAAUCUUAGUUCGUACAAGACUGGGAUGAUGUCUAACUUUACACAACUGCUAUCAAGCAAGUUAUUAAACGUCUCCUUCACUGGAGCCACAGGGCGUGUGAAGUUUAACACUCUCACAAAAAGUGUGCAAACGACAAUUUUUGUAACACAAUUAUAUCGAACCAACACAAGCGGUCUAAUCGAAGUACCUUUAACAAAAUACGCUGCUGAACAAAGUCUACAAUGCACAGGAUUUGGAUUCAUUAGCGACCGAUUUGAAGAAGUACCGAUCCAUAUUCACCUUAGUGUUGGGUUAAUCAUACUCUUCACUGCAAUCAUAUUUGUAAUAUUACUGGUUCUGCUACAGACUGCCUUCAUGCUGUGGAGUAGACAUCGCAGCAUCAAAGCUGUAAGCCCUAACCUUAGUCACCUGAUUUUCUCAGGCUGCUAUCUCUUUUCACUAGCAACUAUUAUACACACAGUUCAAGAAGCUUUCUUAACAAAAUAUGAAGUGAUAUACCCGGUGCUAUGCAGUGCAGUAAUGUGGUGUUUAAUGAUCGGCUCUUCUCUGAUUUUUGGAACUAUCUUUGUGAGAAUAUGGAGAGUUUUCCGAUUGUUCAAGCAUUUCAGAAAUAAAAGCCCGGGAGUACUACUGAACGACAAGGCGCUAAUCUGUGGUGUUAUUGCCUUUGUAGCGGUUGAUGUGGUUGUGUGUAUACUGUGGAUCGUGUACAGCCCAUGGACACUUGUGCAGACCACAGAAAUUAUUUUGCACAGUCAAUCAUUAUAUAUUCACUCAAGUUGUACGUGUCAAAAUAUAGAAUAUUGGAUAACAGGAGUUUCAAUUUACAAGGGAGGAAUUGCUAUUUUACUUGUUAUUUUUUCGGUACUAAAUCGAAAGAUUCAACGAAAACAUUUCAGCCAUACCAAAAAAGUCAACAUACUUGUGUACAGUCUGACAGUUCUAGGAGGGAUUGGAUUUCCACUCUACUUUCUGUUGAGAGAUAUUAACAUUCACGUAGCAUAUCUGAACAUUUGUGCUUUCUUCUUAAUCACCGUAACACUGUGCUGUGUUCUAAUGUUCAUGCCUCCAAUAGUCCCAAUCCUUAAACUCAAGCUCGGACUGAGCGAGGAAGAAUCGAUUUCACAACAUUUGAAAAGAAUAGUUACUUGGAAAGACUUCGACACUGAUGACAUAUCAGACUAACUAUAAUUAUUACAUUCAUUUUUCUCAUUCAUUCACGUGUGUGUGCUCCUGGUGCAACUACAACUACAUCUAUCAUUCUGUAUAACAACUGGCCAAAACUGAAUUGUAUAUACUCUGUAAGAUUUAUAAAUUAGUGUGUGUGUGUGUGUGUGUGACUAUAAUCUGCUCCUGGUACACUAAUCGUGUUAUCUCAUCACAAUCUCA